AAAACCUAACAUGUUCCUUUCAAUGAAAAAAACCCUAACAUGUUUUUUUUUCCAGAAAGGAAACCUAACAUGUUAGUUAUUGAGACAAAACAUAUCAGAUAGUAAUAUCUAUAACUGGUUAUAAAACAUUUUUUUAUUUUUUUAUUUUUUAUUUUUUAUUUUUUAUUUUUGGGUUCAGAAUGGGCAAAGAAAGUUUUGAUAUUGGAUCUUCCAUUGAUGAUGAUCGAUAUGAAAAUGAACAUGUUCAAAUUGUUCCAUUUUUAGCUUAUUAUGUCAUGGAAUUGAUCACUACUGGUGCUUCAACCACUGUUUCUAAAACUAGUGUUGCACCAUUAGAGAGAAUCAAGAUACUUAUGCAGACAAGGGCAGAAGGGUUUCAUUCAAUUGGGAUGUAUGGAUCAAUGAAGAAGCUAAUGAAGAAUGAAGGUCUUAGGGGGCUAUACAAAGCAAAUGGUGUUAGUAUCAUCCGAACGUUACCUCAUUCGAUAUUCCAGUACGUGACAUACGAACAAUAUCAAAGUUUCCUACAAUAUAAAUGGCCUCGUGUCGAAAGAGGGCCAUUGUUGGACAUCUUAGCCAGCUCCGCAGCCAGUGCAACAGCAUUUCUAUGCACUUAUCCCUUGGAUUUGGCUCGAACCAAGUAUGCAUAUCAGGUGGUGGAUCGACAUCAAAGUAGCGGUGACUAUCGAAAAUGUAUCCAUUCAGGUCAUACCGCACAACGAGGGGUAACAAACGUCUUCAAGACCAUCUAUAAUCAAGGUGGAAUGCUCGGAUUCUAUCGAGGUGUAGGUCCAACACUAGGGGGAAUCCUUCCUUACAAUGUGAUAAAGUUUUAUGGUUACGAGGAGCUUAAAAGAUGGGUUCCCAAAGAAAAUCAAAGCUCCGUUGCAUUGAAUCUUUCAUGUGGAGCAUUGGCUGCCUUAAUUGGACAAACUGUAAUGUACCCAUUGGAUGUUGUUAGGAGACAAAUGCAGGUAGACAUUCUGAACCAGAAUGGUACGAGGUACAAAAACUCCAUUGAAGCCUUUAAAUCCAUCACCCAUAAUCAAGGAUGGAGACAAUUGUAUGCAGGUUUAUGCAUUAAUUAUAUAAAGGCUGUACCAUCAAUAGCCAUUGGUCUAACAGCUUUCGAUGUCAUUGACCGACAGCUACAUUUUCCGCGCUAGCAGUUUUCGAUCCAUGAUGUUAAACCCGGAUCUUGUAAAUAUCAUCUUUUAAAGACAGCUGCAUGAACCGUAAAGGUUUCUAUGAAUGAUGAAAAUUUCAAAACUCACCGGCUUCUUAAAUGUUACCUUUUAAAGGC